AUGGCACAAGCUAUGCAGCGCACCGAAUUGAUGGAGAGGCAAGUGAUCCAUUUUCUCGUUCGAUACCUGUACACGGGCCAGUACGACAACCAACUGUCAGAUCCUCCAAGUUCUACGCCUGAUGCACCACUCAAGCACCCGAAGCUUGCCAUGGUAUUCAGCGAUAUCCACAACGAAAAUCUUGACCGCAAGUACACGUACGAAUUUCCGCACACCUGCGAGCGAGAUCACACGGGUAAUUGUGCGACGAUUUUGCUGUGCCCACACCACCUUUGCGACUACCACUGCAGAAAUGACUGCCAAGGGUUUAUCUGCAAUCUUUGUUACAUCCCGGAACCUGUUGCGCUAAACUGUCUCAUUCACUCCAAAAUGCAUACGAUCGCCGACAAGUAUGACGUCGUUGGUCUGAAAGAGCUUUCACGAAAGCUCUUCACGCUCUCGUGCAAAGCUAUUUGGAACGAUGAUGCCUUUCUCAGCGCUAUCAGCCAUGCAUUUUCCACAACAUUCUGUGAAGAUCUAGGCCUUAGAGAUCCUAUUAUGGAGGUCAUCUCUAAACAUAUGGAGCUUAUGCAUAAGCCGGAAAUGCAGGCCUUGAUGCUGGAGCACGGAGAUCUUGCGAUUGGUGUCUUGCUUAAGAACACGGAAUAG